UCUUGCCAAUAGCGGGUUGUAUUGGGGGGAGUUCGCUGCUGCUUUCUGGUCCGGUGGCUCGCUCCGGGAAAGCCAGGCAUGAAGAUCACGAGGCAGAAACACGCCAAGAAGCAUCUUGGCUUCUUCCGCAACAAUUUUGGGGUCCGCGAGCCGUACCAGAUCCUGCUGGACGGCACCUUCUGUCAGGCGGCUUUGCGGGGCCGCAUCCAGCUGCGGGAGCAGCUGCCCCGCUACCUCAUGGGGGAGACUCAGCUGUGCACCACCAGGUGUGUGUUAAAAGAGUUGGAAACAUUGGGAAAGGACUUAUAUGGGGCAAAGCUGAUUGCACAAAAAUGCCAGGUUCGAAACUGUCCCCAUUUCAAGAAUUCAGUGAGUGGAUCAGAAUGUCUGCUUUCCAUGGUUGAAGAUGGGAAUCCUCACCAUUAUUUUGUGGCAACACAGGAUCAGAAUUUGUCUAUGAAAGUAAAGAAAAAGCCCGGAAUUCCUCUCAUGUUCAUUAUUCAGAACACUAUAGUCUUGGACAAACCUUCUCCAAAAACAAUUGCAUUUGCUAAAGCAGUAGAGUCAGGUCAGCUUGUCUCAGGGCAAGAGAAACAAAGUAUCAAGCAACUCAAAGAGGAACAGGGUUUAGUAAAAGACCCUGAACAGAGAAGAAAAAAAAAGCGCAAGAAAAUAAGUGGCCCUAAUCCUCUUAGCUGUUUGAAGAAAAAGAAAAAAACACAGGAUACAAACUCAUCUGCCUCUGAAAAGAAAAGAAAAAGAAAAAGAAUCCGAAACAGAUCUACCUCAAAAGUACUUUCUGAAAAGCAGAAUGCAGGAUAAUGAGUCCUUUGGAUACUUUUAAAGACAUGCAAAUAUGAAAAUGAAUUUCUUUUUGAAACUGUGGAAGUACUUACCUUAAAAGACUAAACUUAUUUUUGUAAAUGAAUAUUGACCCACAAGCCUUUGUUUA